UGCGGUGUCCUGGCUGCCCCCUGCUCCCGUCCCGCCGUCCAGAGGAGCAGGAUGUCCCCUCUGGCCACCCACGGCCCUCCGGAGCCGCCGAGCAGCGGCUGCUCCCUCAGGAGGCGGCCUCUGUCGCAGGCACAGCGACUGCCGGGCUCUCCCCGAAGGGGAGGGACCAAACUCUGCCUUAGUUUUCAGCUGAGACAAUCUUUCUGGGAGAAAUCUUCCCUGGGCCUGGAAAACAAGUUUCUGGCAUGGAGCCAUCCCCAACACAGCCUGCGCGUCCCAGCGGAGCCCGCGGCCGCCGAGGUGCUGGGCAGUGCCCCGGUACGGCAGGGACACGGUCAUGUGUGGGCUCCUUGUCUGUGAGCUCUGGAUCUCCCGGCAGGGGCUGGGUCAAGCAGCAGGAACCCCACGAGAAAAUUCCCCCGGAUGCGUUGCAACACCCCGUGGAGGAGCUGCAAUGCCUGUGGCCGGCAGGUGCCUUCCUGAAGAGUGCAGCAUGACAGAGCUCCAUGAAGCCGUGGCUGUGGGCGACUAUGACCUGGUGAAAAAGAUUUUGAAGGCAGGGCGCUGCGACCCAAACCAGAAGGAUGUCGACUGGCAUGACAGGACCCCCCUGCACUGGGCUGCUGCCAAAGGGCGGCCGGACCUGGUCAUGCUCCUGGUGGAUCACGGUGCCCGGCACUGCCUGCGGAGCGAUGUGGGCUGGACCGCGGCUCACUUCGCUGCCGAGGCGGGGAAGCUGCCGGUGCUCCGCGCCCUUCACUCCCUGCACGCUGCUAUGGAUGCCGCCGACCUCUUCGGAGACACUCCACGGAGGCUCGCGGAGAUCUACGGACACCGGGAGUGCUCCAAAUUCUUGGAAAAAGCAGAGGUGGAGAGCAGGAACUACCGCAGGAAAGCUGCACUGAAAAAAAUCCCCUUAGACCAGAGAGAUGAAGACUGGGAACUCAAGAAAGAAGAGCUUAAGAAAAAUCCACCAUGUUUUUGGGAGAAGUGUACGGCCUCUAUUCUAAAGAAAAAUGGGGGAAAAAAGGGGAAGCAGUAGUGUGCCCUGCCUGUCUGGGGCCUCUGAGUGCUUGCAAUGCAGAGCAAAGGCACUGGCAGACCUCAGGUGGAUCUGCAGUGUGAUAUUUGGGUGAAGGGAAGAAGCAGAAGGCUACAAGAGUGCAUCCUUAGAGAUAUACUGUAAACAAUCUCCUUAAGAGCCAGAAGUGCAUCGGCCUCUCUAUGUGUUUCUAUGUAUCGGAUCUCAAAAAUAAAAACAACUGAAGAAUA